UGUUUCAUUUAAUUUCAUUGACAAGAUUUUCUUCAUUUUGUAUAUUUCUUUCAUGGAUACUUGGUGUUAAUACUAAUCUUAUAAUCCAUGAAUCAAAUGUUUGGAUUCCAAUUUUUAACAACAAUCUAUCAGCUCCUUAUUUCUUUGCUAUUGGUGAUAGAUUUUACUUAAUGUCGACUCAAAUUCUCAACACGGACCCUAGGGCAGUCGGUCAAGAAAGAAGCGCGACUUAUUUUACACCAGCUUAUUCUUAUUCGCCGGUGCUCAAUCAAUACCAUUUGCACUGUAAGAUCAGUACUUCAACGUUCGCGAAAUAUCACAAUGUUCAAUUCUUCAUCGAGCUCAUUGGUGAGUAUACCAGUCACACAAUCUACGAACUUAAUCGUUGGAUUCGCUUGAAUAGUUCAUCGUAUGCAAUUGGAUUGAACACUGGCUCGACAAACUUUCCAUCAUUUGUAACGUUAUUUUAUUUUGUUCAAUUUUUUCGAGAUGACAGUUUAGAGUACAGUCAUGGUACUUUUACUUCAAUCGAUCCCAACGUUGAAUCGUUUCUAAUUAUUCACAGUUUCAAGGUCGAUGAAAAAAUUUACGCAUUCGGCGUUCUAACAUUUACUAACCUUGGAAGACCAGUUAACUUUAUCUCUCAGAUAUCAAAUAUUGAAAUUAACCAGGGAAUUGCUUAUUAUAACUACAAAGAACUGCAUUUGCCUACAUUUGACUAUUUUUAUGGUCCAGUUGAAAAAGUUCGAUUUGUAAAUUCAUCUCAUCUCAUGAGCGAUGGAUCUUCAUUCUCUUUGAUUGUGAUCCUUUAUUAUCUUAAUGAAAGAAAUCAUAUUGUAGUGGUUCCAUUUAACUCGAUAACCAAUUACUUUGAAAGUCACAUGCAAAGUUGUCCACCUACAUCAACUUUUUGGGAUCGUGAUGUUUACAAUUAUAAUGGGUGUCUUCGUGUAAGCCAAAGAGACGGAGUAGAAGUAUCUAUGAUGAGAGGGACGUUGCCAGGUACUAUUCUUUCAGGUAUUCUAAAUGAUACUUGGACUCAAAUAAUCGAUUACGUUCCAUUGGCUCUCGAUGCGACUCCUGGUUAUGUUUUUCUCGUUCUUUCUUCUGACAGUUUCCUAUCCAUAUAUCGAUAUUCAAUUCAUUUUGUUGAUGGAAAUUUUUCUACUAUGACCCACCCGAUUGAAAGGGUUUUUGCUCAUCGUAAUAUCUUUAAUGUAAAUCGAGCAGAAUCACAAAUUUAUUACUAUGGUUUCACUCAUCCACGUGUGAUAAUUACACUUAAUCAGUAUACUUACACUGAUUCAAUUAUUUUGUGUCCUUUUCUAAACAAUUCGUGUAUUGAUUGUUUUACAACCCAAAUCUAUGACCAAGAUGGUAAUUAUGUUCGAUAUUGUCAAUGGACACGAGGAGAUUCAAUCACAUCGGGUGAAUGUUCAAUCGGUGAUGUUAAUUCAACUGAUUACAGAAACGGUACAUUUAUACUAAAUCCAUGUUUUAAUGUAACUAACGUUCGGAUAGUAAACUACAGUCCUAACAGAACGAACUUUAAUUUGACCUUCGAUCUCAUUGGUUUCCAUUCAAGAUAUGCAGAUAUUUUCCCAUUGACUAUAACUUUAGUCCACUUAACAAUACCUUCCAUUAUUAGUAGCUGUUCUCAUGUUCGGUAUGAUGGGUCAACGGUUUAUAUCAACUGUGAUCGAGUGGAUCCUGGUACAUAUAGAUUACAUAUCGUGAUGCCUAGACGACAAAGUGCUUCAUUAGUAAACAAUAGGAAUGAAAAUUUGUACACUUAUAGUUACAAUUUCUUCAUCGGUCAACCUCCUCCUCCACCUCCUCCUCCACCUCCUCCUCCACCUCCUCCUCCACCUCCUCCUCCACCUCCGACUCCACCUCCGACUCCUCCACCUUCUUCACCUCUUCCACCCUCGACUCCUACUUAUCCUCCAUUUUAUCCUUCACCUCCGACUCCUGAAUCUUCAUCUUCAGCAAGCCUGUUGAUAAUAUUACUAACUUGCUCCUUCAUUAUCUCUAUCAUUGGGAUCGUUGUAUUUUAUAUUGUGACCAGAAAACAUAAGGACUCAAUAGACCAGACAAAAAAUCAUCCAGCCAAAGGAUCACUACUUGACCAAAGAGUCCGUUAUAAAUCAUUAUUAACUUUCAAAUCUCUGUCAGCAUUCAUACCAAAGAUCUAUUCCCGUGAAUUGAUCAGCAAACAAAGCAAUCCAAUUGACCCAAAAGUCCACAAGAGAAACCCUUCAAAAACCAAAACCAUCGCAACACCCAAACCAAAAAAAAGAAGUAGAAAUGAUUCUCUCGAAACAUUAUCUAAAUUCUGCUAACUAUGAGUCCAAUUAAAUUAUCUAAUACUUUAAUUGAUGU